UGGGUGCCACGCGCAGCCGUCUGCAGGUCGCAGAGGGGAAGGGUCUCCGUGAACAGUCAAACUGAAGGUCAGGAGGGGCAAAUGCGAAGGUCUCCCCCUUCCCACGGACAGGGAGGGCACCCCUCGUCCAAGACAUCCCGGAGGGGGACCCCAGGCCAAUAACGAGAGGCUGCUGCAAGAAGGGCAGGGGGCGGGCAUCCGGGGCUGCAGGGGCCUCCUGCCUCCCUCGGGACUGCAGCUGCAUUCCUGUCCUGCCCUCUGCGUGCUGACCAGGGGCCAAGAGCACAGGUGCCAGCAGGACAGACUGCCGUUCCACUUGGUGUUGGCUUGAUGCGCGUGAGGGGCCCCCGGGGCCCCAAGUCUUGAUCUUUGCUGGUUUCCCAGGGAACGGGUGCAGCUAGGCCUAUCAGCAGCUAUUCCAGCUCCCCUACUGGGCCUCCCUCUUCUGAGGGAGGUGACCCCUGCCUCCCACUCUGCACUCACCGAGGCAGUGACUGACGGGGAGGGGGCAGGGGCAGGCGCCAGGCAGCCGGGGAGGGAAGGUGGCAGGCGUUUGCCGGACCGGCUGGGCGUGGAAAUGAGGCUGGGGAGGUCGAAGCGAAGCGCACGACCAGAAAACGUCAGAGAUGCCAGUGGCUCAGGGGACUUGCAGGGCAAACACACCCGACCUCGGCCUCCAAAGCGCUGGUUCUGGUUGGUGAGAGUGCUGCUCAGUCUGUUCAUAGGGGGAGAAAUUGUGGCCGUGCACUUCAGCGGGGAGUGGUUCGUGGGCAGCGUGUGGACCAACACCUCCUACAAAGCCUUCAGCACCGAGCGUGUUCAAGCCCGCGUCGGCCUGAAUGUGGGCCUGGUGGGCUUUAACGUCACAUUAAGAGGGACCCCAGUAAAGCAGCUGAACGAGACCAUUGACUACAACGAGCAGUUCACCUGGCGCCUGGACGAGGACUACCACCUGGAGUACGUGCGCGCGCUGGAGCGGGGGCUGCCGGACCCCGUGCUGUACCUGGCCGAGAAGUUCACGCCCCGCAGCCCCUGCGGGCUGUACCGCCAGUACCAGCUGGCCGGACACUACGCCGCGGCCACGCUGUGGGUGGCCUUCUGCUUCUGGGUCCUCUCCAACGCGCUGCUCUCCAUGCCCGCCCCGCUCUACGGCGGCCUGGCGCUCCUGGUCACCGGCGCCUUCGCGCUCUUCUCCGUCUUCUCCUUCGCCUCGAUUUCCAGCGUGCCCUUGUGCCAGUUCCGCCUCGGCUCCGCCGCGCUCACGCCUGGCUACGGAGUCUCCUUCUGGCUCACGCUGGCUACGGGCAUCUUGUGCCUGCUGCUGGGAGGGGCGGUGGUGCUUCUCCACUACGCCUGGCCCAGAGCCCUGCGCGUCGUGCUGGACCAGAACGCCCCGGACUGCGGCAGCCAGGCGAGGGCGGGCUCGCCCCUCCUCCUCAGCAACCCGCUGCACCAGCAGUUCGCGCCCCCGGACUUCAAGACCACCACUAAACUGUGACGGCCGCCCACCCCUGGACUCUACCUCGCUGUGGGCGGGGCACCCCGAGGGGCUCCGCGCUGCGGGACCGGAACGCCCCGCGGGGACAGGCGCUGUACGCGCCCAGCCAGCUGUAAAUUAACUUUUUUUGUUUGUAAAAACUGCCCCCACUCGUUAAUUGCCAUGGUUUCUCGGGUUCUCCGCGACACACGCCCUGGGGAGGCUUCGCGGGGCUGAGACAGCCCACUUCUGUGUGCUAACCGCGUUCCCUGCCCCGGAAAAACCAGACGGCAGAAAGGCUCUGGUGGGGCGCCCUCUAGUGACACCGUGGCGGAAACGACCCUGAGCAGCCGCGGGUGGGUGAGUGGCCGGGCUCAGGGUCCAGGCUGGUAACCCUCCCUCCCUCCGGGGUCGCCUCGCCCACUCUGCGGAAUGGACUGGGAAGGAAGGAGGUUUUGGAGUCGAUUCACUAACUCUUCCCAGUUGCCUUCUUUUGCAGUGGUGUCUGUGGGCCGAGGUAGAUGUCAGCAAGGUAUAAAAAUAUAAACCUAGGAACUUUA